AUGGAAGUUCCGGCCACCAGACCUGAGGUGACGACCACCGGCAUUUACGGGGAGGAGUUGAGUGUCAUCCGCCAGCGCCUUCUGCACAGCGACUUAUGCUGGUGCGGGGACCUCACUAGUCGCACCCAGGUGCUUAUUGUCGGUUCGGCUACCUGCGCAGCAUCUCGAAAGCUGUCAGUAGCACGUAUGCGCGGACUCCCGUGCGUCUCCAUCGAAUGGGUGACCGAUGGUGCCUGCGCGAUGGAGUUCACGGGCCGCUUCGACAUCGGUCGCAGUCUGACUGGGAAAGAGGUGUGCACCACGGGCCUACAUCAUCUUGAGCGAGAGCGUGUGCAAGCUGCAUGCGGCGCGUGCCACGCCACCUACAAUGCUACGCUAACGCGACAUUGCGGGUUGCUGGUUGCAUCUGCAGCGGCGCUCGGCUUCACGUCGCCGUCCGCGUCUUCUCCGGUGACCUCAAACGACAAAGUUCGGUUCGCGCGGAAGCGCGGCGUACCGGUCAUUGCAAUGGAGGAGUUUGUGUUGCGCUACUCGACCGAGCAGUUCUGCGGUCACCACCUGCCAGUCGAGGACGCGGCACCAGGACAAAUAGUGCGUGACAUGUCGUCGCUCAAGGCGCCCAGCGGGCUUAGCAGAACUAGUAGCAGCAGCGCCCACAAAGAUCUCACCUUCGAACUGAAACCCAAGGUAGGGUACAGCCCAACUGGUGCCCCCGCUGACUCUCCCAGCUCAUCGAACGCUAACGAGGUGCUGGUCUGCGGGUCGGUGCGCCCCUCAGCGCUGCCGGCGCAGUCUGCCAUACCGACUCCCAGAUCCAGUUUAACUAGUCGUGGGUUCAGCAUCACCAGGGUGCAAGGCUCUUGUGAUACAGAGGGAGCGUGGAAAGGUUUCGACAACAGUAUACCGAGCUCCAUUCAACCGUCUAUGUUGUCGUUGCAGGUCAUGCCCACUGCAUCGACAACUCCCUGCUCCUCCUCACCAGGGCUGUCGCGGCGCCCCCUUGCCGAUGAGUUCUCUGACGUUGUCGCCUACUGCAGCCCCCCGCACAGGCUCACAACGCAGCGGCACGAUCUGCUGAUCAGUAUGGGAAUCACUCUCUCUCCAAAGCUUACGCCGUUCACGACACAUGUCCUCAUCCUUGGUGAAGGCGUGGAGGAGUGCCUCUACCCGCGUCCUGGCCUGCAAAUCGUGUCGUGGCAGUGGGUGUUGCAGUGUCGGCUGGAACAGCGCCGAUUGUCAUGUGUCGGUUUCCGCGUUGAGUGCGUCUUCCGUCCCGUGGUGACCUUCACGGGCCUUGCACCAGCAGACCGGUACGCGCUACUCUCAGCACUGCAGAAGUCUGGGCUGCCGGUGAGGGUGCAAGAAGCCCUCGUGCUUGGUGGCAGCGGUGGUGAGCAAUACGGCAGCGCUUCCAGCCUUCCCACAGUGUCGGUGAGUGACCCGUACCUCCCGCGCAACACGACGCAUCUAGUGGCACCUCGUGGCCAGCUUCUUUCCUCCCAAAAGGUUGCUGUGCUCGCCCAGCACCACUAUCGGCACACUUCGCGCCCACGACAGCACUCGUCGGCGCCGCUGACUUCGACGUCGACUUGCCGUCUUGUCGGGGUGGAGUGGGUCUAUCAAUCUAUCCAGCAAGCGCAGUGGCUGGAUGCGGACUUCUUCACGCUGAAGGUUCCAACUCCUGAAGCGUUCGCUAUCACCGAAGAGGCCCGCACAAAUGCCACGUGCACGACGCUACCACGUAGCUGCCAAGCUUCCCAGGAGAGGUUCUCGGUGGGGUUGCAGAUCUCUGAACCUUCAUCGACGUCAGCUAUGGCGACAAACCUCGCUAUGCAGACUUCAGCGUUGCGCCAGUCAUCAUCAUCCCUUGCUCACUGUCCUCGCUCGCAGGACGCAAUUGAAUGUGUCUUGGAGGGAGGUUUGGAGAAGUUCGCAGUAGUAGGGAGAGCAGUGGAAGAGGAGGAGGAGGAGGAGGCAGCUCCAUCCCAGCAGCGCAGCACAGCCGUUGGACACGCCAGUGAAACUGUCUCGCCAGCCCCACCACCCCAUCGUCUGAGAGACUAUGACGACGAGGAAGCUGGUGGCGAAUCCUCGUUGGCAGCAGCGGCGGUGCGUUCGACCCUGCAGGCAAUUCACACCACCCCUCCUCAACCCUCCCCUGCCCCGUCCCACUCUGCGCCUUCAUCAUCGUCGAUAGACAAGCAAGAUGGCGGUGCAACCUACGCAAAGGACGAUCUCGCCGCGACCCUACACCACCACGCCGACCCAGCAUUGUCCUCCCACACAUACCUCGCCACCCAGUGCUCACCAAGCUUCGAGAACCUUCUAGGGGAGCUGGAGGCUGGUCUACCACGGACACUGUUCGGGGCUGCCGCGGUGCAUGCCUCGCUUCAUCCCCACCCUCCGGCCCGUACCACAGAGAAUGCAUCCGCUGUCUCCGCUCCAUCUGGGAGCGAUAGGGGGGACCAAAUUCAACGACCUGGAUCGUACGCGGCUACCCCACCGCCCACUGUCGCUGACCUGUGCAUCGAGCGGUGCAAGUUCCGUCGUCGCAUCUCUGCACAAUCGCAUAUGAUUCAGCAGAGGCAGCAACUGCUGGGCGGCACCAUUUCGGAUGAAUCACAGAUCAUCUUUUAUCAGAUGGGCCUCAAUGAGGACGGUGGCAUUCCCGCAGCCCCGCUAGCAGUUUCGCCUGACACCUCAUGUGCAAUAUCCGAGGCCGGAGAGAAGGCGGCAGUCGGGGCCGCCAUACCGCCUGCCCGAUGCAUCGCUGAAGCAAGCACCCAUAUCUAUCCCCGCUCCACCUCCACCUCUGCGGUAUUCCUGGUAACAAAGGACGUGCUCAAGAGCCACUUUGACGUCUUUGCGUGUCAUUUUCCGCAUGUUCAGUGCACGAGCAAACCGGAGGAAUGCACGCAUUUCAUCACCGCAAAGCCUUCUAAGACGGAGCAGUUCCUCUGCUGUCUCGCCGCGGGGCGCUGGAUUCUGACGCCGGCGUACGUCGCGGCGUGUGCGCAGGCGGGGUAUCUUGUCAGCGAGGAGCCGUUUGAGUGGAGCGCCGAGGUGGCUGCGUCACUGGGUUGCCGCAGCUCCGUAGCGUCGCUCGCGCGUGGCUGUCGGGUGCAGCGCGAGGCGUCGAAGCUGCCGUUUGCGUCGUGGAAAGUGCGUGUGUGCUGCACCAACUUCGCCCGUGCCGCAAGCUUCCUGCGAGUGCUUCGUAGCGGCGGAUGCACGUCUCUGGAGGCCGCCACCGCCGCGGAGGUGAUGGCGGCGCCGAGGGAGCGUGGCAAUGAGCCAUCGUCGUCAACAGAGCUUGUGCUCGCGGAUGAUGCCGUCUUCAGCGAGGAUGAGCUAGAUGACUUCGCAUCGCGUUCUGCUUCCAUCGUCUGCCCUAUACUGCGGCUGGAGUACUUGGUUCAGUUUCUGUGCGUGCCAGACACGUCGCGGUCUGGGAUGGACUUGCUGCGCUGUGUACGGUCACGAAAGCGCAGUCGAACGGAGACGGCGGCUACCGAGUAG